AGUUCAACUGUAAAAACCGCACACCGACUCAAGGUUGCUUGCCGGCUCCUUUCCAAAUUAACUUUAAAACCACUCUUCCCUCAACCAAAAUGGUUUCUGUAGAGCUUCGCCUUCUUCCAUCGCCACAACAGUGGCGCGACUUCUAAGAUUCGGCAGCUUCCGGAAGGACUCAGAACCACCUAUAACCCUAGCCGACAGUUCAGCAGGCUGAUCCACUUGGGGGCUAAUUGGAGAAACCAGUUGAUUGGUUGCUUCCGUGCUGCUUCUCUAAGGGCGCUUGCCCUUAAAGAAGCUGACCCAGAGGCCUUGGUGCUGCCGGCGUGGGGAUCCCCAGAUGGGAACGCCCCUUGAUGGAGGAUCUCGUGUGCCUAUUGGCUGUCCUGCCAAACUGCGGAGGGUGACAAGGAAGAAGGUGGCUCCAGAUCUGGAGGUGUGUCCAUGGCGGCGCUUGACCUGCGAGCGGAGCUGGAUUCGCUGGUCCUGCAGCUGCUUGGGGACCUGGAGGAGCUGGAGGGGAAACGAACGGUGUUGAACGCCCGGGUGGAGGAGGGCUGGCUCUCGCUCGCCAAGGCUCGCUACGCGAUGGGCGCCAAGUCGGUGGGGCCCCUGCAGUAUGCUUCCCACAUGGAGCCCCAGGUCUGCCUCCACGCCAGCGAGGCCCAGGAGGGACUCCAGAAGUUCAAGGUGGUGAGAGCUGGUGUCCACGCCCCAGAGGAGGUGGGGCCUCGCGAAGCAGGUCUGCGGAGGCGCAAGGGCCCCACUAAGACCCCAGAACCGGAGUCCUCUGAGGCCCCUCAGGACCCCCUGAACUGGUUUGGAAUCCUAGUUCCUCACAGUCUACGUCAGGCUCAAGCAAGCUUCCGGGAUGGCCUGCAGCUGGCCGCAGACAUAGCCAGCCUCCAGAACCGCAUUGACUGGGGUCGAAGCCAGCUCCGGGGACUCCAAGAGAAACUCAAGCAGCUGGAGCCUGGGGCUGCCUGACAUGCGUGCAAAGAGGCAGGGCAGCGAGCACAGCUGUUCUCCGACAUGGCUACGUGAUCUCAGGCCUUCUUCCUUCACAAUUAGCUCUUGCCCCUACCCCACGCCAGCUAAUGCCCCUUCUGUGUCCCUGCUCUGCAUGUUUCCAUUUUCCUUAGGUGUGAAGUUUGAAGAGGCAAACAGUAAUUUUGAAAGCCACUACUUUGAAACCAUUCUAAGGCCUGAGUUCCCAUAGGACACACUCACAUAGGCAGGUACACGUUAGUCAACAAUUGGAACUGCCUCUUGGAUCACUCAGCUGUGCUUUCAUGGCUGGAUGAUGGAACACUGUGCGAAGAGAGAUGGGGGGCACAGGAAGUAGCGCUUCAUGCUUAGUACAUCCUCCAAAUUGUCUUUGCUGGAGGAGAAAACCGUACUCAGCCAAAAGAUCAGGACAAUAUGACUUGAGUCCACAAGGACACAAACACCUGAGUAGCUGGGCAGCCCUUGGCAGGGUCUAAGCCGGGAAGUAAAAAUGAUCUGGCCUAGAUAUUUAAGGGAACUCUAGGAAGAGGCCUAGGUUUUUAAAAUCCUGUCUCUUUGUCUUACCAUAAGAGGCUGAGCCUCUCUUCAUUUUUUUGAAGGGCCACUUGUGUUUUCUGUUCUGGGAACUUCAUUCAUUUUUCUACUGGGUUGUUGAUCUUUGCAGUAAUUUCUAGGAGCUGUUUAUGUUUGGAGGUAAUUGGUCCUUUGUCCAUAUAUAUGAGAUGUAAGUCUUAUUUUCCAGUUUAUCUUUUUGCUUAUUUUUUUUGACUUUUUAUUGUAAAAUAAAACAUCAAACUGCACAGAACAGUUGAAUAGCUUAAUGAAUAACUACAGUAAAAGCUAUGGUAACCACUACCCAA